AUGGAGUAUGGAAUGAUUCUUCCUUACUCCUCUCUGGUCCAUGAAGAAAAGAAGAAAGCCAUCCUCAAAGUGAUCUUGAUUUCUGAAAAUGACAUGGCUGCAAGUUCUCAGAAAUACUCUAUUUUCUCCUUCAAUUUCUAUGGGAAGCGGAAAGCCAAAUGCUUCCUGACUUUGGGUCAAGACGAAACAGACCCACAAAACCAUGUCAGGCCAGGAGAGCUUUUCACCACUGGCAUAGUCUCUGCAACCAAGGCUCGGUUUCUACCAUUAACCUUCAACACAGUUCCUUUGACUCGGAUUUCCCUGAGCACAUCCACAAAAUACUGGAAAAUUCUUUCCUACCUUUUUGCUGUUCAGGAGAUCAACCAGGAUCCUCAUCUCCUGCCUAAUUUGACAUUGGGUUACAAUAUCUAUGAAGGUUAUUUCAACACACGAAUGACUGCAGAUGGUUUGCUUGACCUGCUUUCAGCCGGGGAGUCCAAUGUUCCCAAUUACAGCUGUGGACGUGAGAAAACCCCAUUGGUGGUUCUUGAAGGGGCAGAAACUGACAUCGCCAUCCAGAUCUCAACCUUUCUGAAUGCCUACAAAAUCCCUCAGAUCAGUUAUACAUUUGCAUCACACAUUCUGAGUGACAAGACUCGGUUUCCUUUUUUCUAUCCAAUGGUCCCCAUUGAAGGAGUCCAGUAUCCAGUAAUUAUCAAACUUCUCCUCCAUUUCAAGUGGACGCUGGUUGGUUUGGUUGCUCCAGACACUAGCAAUGGCCAGAGGUUCAUAAAUAUGUUGAUUUCUAUGCUGACAGAGAAAGGCAUUUGUGCAGUUAUAUCACAAAGGUUUACAGUGGUUGCCAGUGAAUUAAAAAUAAAGCUUCGUCAAUACUACAAGUGGAAACAAGUCAAUGUCUUUGUUUACCAUGCAGAGACAAGUUAUUUCCUAGAAGGCAUAGCAGUUAUAGAAAAAGUGCUGACUGCCUUUAAAAAGCCCAUUGUAGGAAAAAUUUGGAUCACAACAGCCCGCUGGGACCUCACUUUAGGUUUGAAGGUUUCCAUCUCUUCUUUGCCCAACGUCCAUGCCAUUUUUUCCUUUCUCAUGAAAACAAAGAAAGUGGCAAACUAUGAUGGAUUUAAGCUCUUGUAUUCUUUCAUGGAUCAGUUUCUAGAGGAAGCUUUCCAAUGUUCCUAUGGAAAGGCUGCAUCAUCUGUGAAAGUCUGGAGACGAUGCAGAGAGAGAGAAGACCUGGAGCCUCUGCCCAGAGAGAAGAUAGAACAGAUCCUGGCUCUAGACAGCUAUUUCAUUUAUAACACGAUCUGGGCUGUGGCACGGGCUUUGAAUUUGGCCAAUUUAUCCCAAUCUAGGAGAGGCAUGAGAAAACCUGUCAAGUGGUUGGAGAUUCAAAGCCUAAAGCCUUGGCAGCUUCACUCCUUCCUCCAGAAGCCCCAGUUUUAUAAUAAUUCCAUGGAAGGUGUAUACUUGGAUGAGAAAGGCGAUCUGGCGGCUAACUUAGACAUCCUAAACUCUGUAGUUUCCGCCAAUAAAACCAUCACUAGAAUGACAUUGGGGCAUCUAGGAAGGCAUACAUUUGCAAUUAAUCAAAAUAGUAUUGCACGGAUGGAAAUGCUGAGCAAAUUCAACCAUGAUUCUAGGAGUCUCUUACUUAACAUCACUCAAGGUUAUAAUAUCUAUGAAAACUAUUUCAGUGAGCAAAUUACUUUGGAUGCUCUUCUGGACGUGCUUUCAGAUGGAGAGGCCAAUGUUCCCAACUACAGGUGUGGGAAGCAGAAAAACACACUCGCCGUUCUCGAAGGGGCCAAUGCGGACCUCUCUAUCCUUGUUUCAAACAUGUUGGGCACCUACAAAGUCCCACAGAUCAGUUACAGUUUUGUUUCCCCAAUUCUGAGGGAUAAAAUUCAGUUUCCUUUCUUCUACCCAAUGCUCCCUGCUGAAGGGGUCCAGUACCCAGGGAUGGUCAAACUGCUCCUCCAUUUCAGGUGGACCUUGGUUGGUCUGAUGGCUCCAGAAACGGACCAGGGGGAAAGGUUCAUGAGGACAAUGACUUCCAUGCUGAUCAAGAAUGGCAUUUGUCCAGUUUUGUCUCAAGUGUUUUCCAUAAAAAUCAGAAACCUGGUGUUGAGUUUGGAACCAUUUGCCAAGUGGAAUCAAGUGAACGUCUUUCUUUACGGUACAGAGAUUAGUUCAUUCCAGAUAGGAAUAUUCAUUAUGCACGUUAUGCUUACGCAUCUUAAGCAACCUGUUUCAGGAAAAGUCUGGAUCAUGGCAGCCUGCUGGGAUCUCACUUGGGAUUUCAUAGAAAGUAGCGUCUCUACCUUCCAAAACAUUUGUGGCUUUUUUUCUUUUCUUGUGCAGACAAAUCAAAGGGUGGCCUUUGACGCUUUCAAACAAUUUCACUCCUCCAUGAAACGCUUUGUAGAGAAAUCCUUUACCUGUUCCUCCAUCAAGGAUGUCUUGUCUGUGAAGGUCUGGAGAUGGUGCAGGGAAAGAGAAGAACUGGAGCUACUUCCUCAGGGAGAGAUGCAGCGAAUCCUGUCUCUUGACAGCUUUUUCACUUACAACAUAAUCUGGGCUGUGGGCCUGGCCUUGCAUUCAGCCUAUUUCUCCAAAUCCAAGCGGCCAGUGAGAAACAGUGGUGAGAACCUGGGAGGUCCAAGGCUGAAGGCUUGGCAGUUUCAUGCUUUCCUUCAAAAACCCCAGUUUUAUAAUCAUUCCAUUGAUGGGGUUUAUUUUGAUGAGAAUGGAGACCCAGCUGUUGACUUGGAUAUUGUGAACUGGAUAGUUUACACCAACAAGUCCGUCACCAGGAUUCAAUCUGGGCAUCUAGAAAGGCAGGGAAUCCAGGGUUCCAAACUGGUAAUCAACCAGAACAAGAUUGCUCAGAUGGAAAAGAUGAACAAGCCCCUGCCUCCUUCAAGGUGUGUGGAAAGCUGCCAUCCAGGAUUCAGGAAGGUAGCUCAGGAAGGGAGGCCCAUCUGCUGCUAUGAUUGUAUUCCUUGUGCAGAAGGAACCAUCUCCACCCAGGAAGAUUCAGAAAAAUGCACCCCUUGUCCAGAAGAUCAACAUCCAAAUAUCAGUCGAGAUGACUGCAUUCCUAAGAUUAAAACCUUCCUAAAUUAUAAAGACUAUUUAGGGAUCAUGCUAAUUUCCAUUGCUGUGUUCCUGUCUUUAACCACAGCCAUUGUCUUGGGAAUCUUCAUUAAAUUCCUAGACACUCCAAUCAUCAAAGCCAACAACAGAGAUCUCUCCUACAUCCUCCUGGUCUCUCUCCAGCUUUCUUUCUUCACUUCCUUCCUCUUCAUUGGCCAACCAAGGAGAGCCACCUGCCUUCUCCGACAGAUAACCUUCAGCAUCAUCUUCUCUGUUGCCAUUUCUUCUGUCCUGGCCAAAACCAUCACAGUGGUGCUGGUUUUCCUGGCCACCAAGCCAGGGAAUAAAGUUCAGAAAUGGCUGGGGAAGAGUUUGUCCAACUUUAUUAUCGUUUCUUGCUCUGGUCUUCAAAUUGUCAUUUGCAGCAGCUGGCUUGGCACUUCUCCCCCAUUUCCUGAGUCUGACCUACACUCUCAGCCUGGAGAGAUCAUCCUGCAAUGCAAUGAAGGAUCCGUCACCAUGUUUUACUGUGCUCUCGGCUACAUGGGCAUCCUGGCAGCCAUUUGUUUCACGGUGGCUUUUAUGGCCAGGAAUCUUCCUGGGACCUUCAACGAAGCCAAGCUGAUCACCUUCAGCAUGUUGGUCUUCUGUAGUGUCUGGAUCUCCUUUGUGCCCACCUAUCUCAGUACCAAAGGGAAGUACAUGGUAGCUGUGCAGGUCACCUCCAUUUUGGCCUCCAGUGCUGGGCUGCUGGGCUGCAUCUUCAUCCCCAAGUGCUACAUUAUUAUUUUGAGGCCAGAGCUCAAUACUAAGGAACAACUAAUUAUGAAAGCUAAAAGAGAAAAGUGA